UUGGAUUUUCGAUAAAUAGCCACAUAUCGAUAAUGGAGACCAUUCUUGAGCAACAGAGGCGGUAUCACGAGGAAAGAGAGCGGCUUAUGGAUGUUAUGACCAAAGAGAUGUUGCACCCAAAAAAGACAAAUCGUGAACAAAUUAAUUCAGAUCAGAGAUUAAGGACAGUCCUUGAUAGAUACAUAGAAUGUUCCAAUGAGCUCCAGGGGCUUUAUGAAGAUAAAGAUGGCUCCAGAAAGGAGGAGGUUGCAGGCCUCUCUGGGCCUAAUGAAUUUGCAGAGUUCUAUACACGGUUAAAAGCAAUAAAGGAUUUCCACAGAAAGCAUCCAAAUGAGAUCAGCAUUCCUAUGUCUGUUGAAUUUGAAGAGUUGACUAAAGCCAGAGAGAAUCCAUCUGAAGAUAUGCAAAAUAUGGUUGAAUUCACAGAUGAAGAGGGUUAUGGCAAAUACUUGGAUCUUCAUGAAUGUUAUGAAAAAUAUAUAAACCUGAAGGGAGUUGAGAAAGUUGACUACAUCACAUAUCUCACUGUUUUUGAUCAGUUGUUUGACAUCCCAAAAGAGAGAAAGAACGCCUCAUACAGAGACUACCUGUUACAGCUUUUGGAAUACUUAGAUGGGUAUACAUCCAGAGUGAAGCCACUGCUAGAUACGCAAGAGGAAAUGGAUGUAAUUGGGACAGACUUUGAAAGACAGUGGACGGAUGGUGCAUUCCCAGGAUGGCCGAAAGAGACAAGUGGCGCCCUCACCCACUCAGGAGCCCAUUUAGAUCUGUCUGCAUUCUCUUCGGCUGAAGAAUUGGCAUCGCUUGGACUGGACAGGUUGAAGUCUGCAUUGAUGGCUCUGGGCCUGAAGUGUGGAGGAACAUUAGAGGAGAGAGCACAGAGGUUGUUCAGCACCAAAGGCAAAAGACUCACAGAUUUAGAUCCUGCAUUAUUUGCCAAGUCAAAACCAGGAAAGCAGGGCAGGAACAGGGACUAUGAAAGGCAGAAGGAGAUUGCCAACCUUGAAGCACAGGUGUACAGGUUUGCUGAGAUUCUUGGGGAACAGAGGGCAGCUACAAGGGAUAAUGUGCAGAGAAAGCAGGCGAGAACUGGUGAGGAAAGAGACGAAUCAGAUGAGGAACACUUCAGUGAGGAGGACAGUGAUGAUGAUGAUAAUGACAUACCUUAUAAUCCAAAGAAUCUACCACUUGGUUGGGAUGGAAAGCCUAUACCAUACUGGUUGUACAAACUACAUGGUCUCAAUAUAAACUACAACUGUGAAAUAUGUGGAAACUACACAUACAGAGGUCCAAAGGCUUUUCAAAGACAUUUUGCUGAAUGGCGGCACGCUCAUGGCAUGAGAUGUCUCGGGAUCCCAAACACUGCUCACUUUGCAAAUGUGACCCUCAUUGAGGAUGCCGUAGCACUUUGGGCGAAGAUCAAGUCCAGCAAAGACAUGGAACGCUGGAGACCUGACACUGAAGAGGAAUAUGAAGACUCCGCUGGAAAUGUUGUCUCUAAGAAAACAUUUGAUGACUUAAAAAGACAAGGACUUUUAUAGAACAGUGUUUUAUUUUAUACAACUUCUACUUGAUCCUCUUCUAUACAAUUGUAAUAAAGAAAUAAAUAUUUAGGUAAAAAUCA